UGGGACUCGCUGCACUACUCAAGUAUCUUGAGAAACCAAGAGUGGUUUAAUAUGGGACUCGCUGCACUACUCAAGUAUCUUGAGAAACCAAGAGUUCAUCACCGCUGCACCAACGGUUGAUGCUGCGUCCUGAAUUUCCAUUCAAGAGCUGUCAGAUCACUCUUGAAAACGUCCCUUCGUGCAAUGAGAGUUGUCCUCCAGUCUCGGUGGAGGAAUCAUCGCUGCCCUGUGGUGUAGUGUCUUUUCAGUUGCGUGAACUUCUGUCCGACAGUCAAGAAUGCUCACGAGAGUCGAGAGUCCGGAGUGGGAAUGACAGCGUGAUUGUAGGAGGAGAGGGAGGCGGAGGGGGAGCGUUGCGCCCGGCCGGAACCGGUUUGGCGGCGGCGUUUUCACACAUCACGUCCUACCAAGCCAUGGCGUUCAAAGGUGAACGACCAGCGAUUGGAAUCGACUUGGGAAUGACGUACAGCUGUGUGGGCGUCUGGCGGGAUGACCAUGUGGAGAUCAUCGCCAAUCAUCAGGGUAAAAGGACCACGCCGUCCUACGUGGCGUUCACGGACACGGAGCGGCUGAUCGGAGAUGCGGCGAAGAAUCAAGUGGCAACGAAUCCGACGAACAACAUCUUCGACGCAAAGCGACUGAUUGGGAGAAAGUUCAGCGACAACUCGGUGAAGAGUGACAUCAAGCUCUGGCCGUUCAAGGUCAUCGAUGGUCCAGGCGGGAAGCCUCUGAUUGGUGUGUCUUACCUGGGGGAAAAGAAGCAGUUCGCGGCAGAGGAGGUGUCCUCCAUGGUGCUGAGGAAGAUGAAGGAGAGGCAGGCCACGAAGGACGCCGGUGCCAUCGCCGGUCUAAAGGUGAUAAAACUCAUCGACGAGCCGACGGAAGCCGCCAUCGCCUACGGUCUCGACAAGAUGGAGAGCGGCAAGAAGAACGUCAUGGUCUUCGACCUUGGUGGCGGCACUUUGGAUGUCUCCCUGCUGACCAUCGAGGACGGCAACGUCCACAUCACGGCGAUGGCCGGAGAUAGCCAUCUCGGAGGCGACGACUUCGACAGCCGAAUGGUGAACCACUUCGUGCAGAAGUUCAAGAGGAUGCAGAAGGAGGAUAUCAGUGGGAGUGCUAGGCCGUUGAGCAUGCUAAGGAAUGCCUGCGAGCGUGCCAAGAGAGCUCUGUCGAUCGCCGUGCAGACGACUGUUGAAAUCGACUCAAUCUUUGAGGGUCUCGAUCUCUACUCGACUAUCACGAGAGAGCAAUUCGAAGAGCUGAACCGGAACUUGUUCCCGCGGUGUAUUGAGGCUGUGGAGAAGUGCCUGCGGGAGGCGGGGAUGGGCAACCACUCAGUCGAUGAGGUGGUGUUGGUCGGCGGCUCCGCUCGCAUUCUCAAGGUCCAGCAGCUAAUCCGAGCCUUCUUCGACGGCAAGGAGCUGCGCAAGAGCAUCAAUCCUGAGGAGGCCAUUGCCUACGGCGCUGCAGGCAAGGGUAACGAGGAGGCAUAGGACUUGCUUCUGCUCGAUGUCACGCCUCUCAGUCUUCUCGGUCUGGACUCUGGAGUCG